AUGGCUGCUGCUGCUGCUACACUCAACCUUCUUCUUUACCUCUUCUGGAUUUCUCUCUUAUUUCUCUUCUCUGGAUCUCUGCAACUCUGCGUAAAGGAGGAAAGGAAGGCUCUGCUGAGUGUGAGAAGUGGUUUCCCUGUUGUCGACAGAGGGCUAUCUCCAUGGGAGGGCGAUGACUGUUGCAGUUGGGAACGCGUAGGAUGCAACAUCAUAGGUCAUGUUAUAGAACUUGACUUCUCUUUAAUUAUUUAUACAUUUGAUAAUGUUUUCAUCAGAAACGAGGUGCAUCCUUCAUUGUUUCAAUUGAAGCAAUUGCAGUAUUUAAAUAUAAGUCGGAACGACUUUGAUGGUCGUCCAAUUCCUAGCUCGAUUGGAUCUUUAAAUCAAUUACAGCGCUUGGACCUUUCGAGCUGUGAUUUCGGAGGAGAAAUUCCCCACCAACUUGGCAAUCUCUCCCAUCUACGUCAUUUAUCUCUAUCUGAUAAUCGGAUUUCUGGCAAAAUCCCGGCAUCUUUUGUCCAUCUCAGAAAUCUGCAGUUCCUGUACCUGGACACUAAUAACAUCAGCGGAGAGAUUCCAAAAAAUAUUGGAAACCUCAGAUACAUAGAACGUUUGUUCCUCUCUGGUAACCAGAUCGAAGGUGUAAUACCCAAAAGUAUAGGAAACUUGAGUAAGAUCUCAGUUCUUGACCUUUCUGAUAAUAGAAUUGUUGGAGGCUUACCAGAGACUAUUGUCAAUCUAACUGCAUUGCAGAAUUUGGACUUGUCAUAUAAUGAUAUUGAUGGAAAAAUCCUGGCAUCUUUUGUCCAUCUCAGAAAUCUGCAGUUCCUGUACCUGGGCUUUAAUAACAUCAGUGGAGAGAUUCCAAAAAAUAUUGGAAACCUCAGACACAUACAAGGCUUGUUCCUCUUUAAUAACCAUCUCGAAGGUGUAAUACCGAAAAGCAUAGGAAACUUGAGUAAGAUGUCAGUUCUUGACCUUUCUGAUAAUAGAAUUGUUGGAGGCUUACCAGAGACUAUUGGCAAUCUAACUGAAUUGCAGAAGUUGGACUUAUGGGGUAAUCAGAUUAAUGGAAAGAUACCAGAGGCUAUUGGCAAUCUAACUGCAUUGCAGAUUUUGUACUUAUCAGAUAAUCAGAUUAAUGGAAAGAUACCAGAGGCUAUUGGCAAUCUAACUGCAUUGCAGAAUUUGUACUUAUCAGAUAAUCAGAUUAAUGGAAAGAUACCAGAGACUAUUGGCAAUCUAACGGCAAUGCAGAAUUUGGAAUUAUCAGAUAAUCAGAUUAGUGGAAAGAUACCAGAUUCAAUUGGAAAUCUCAUUCAGCUAGAAUUUCUCGAUUUCCGUGGUAACAACAUAAGUGGAUCGAUCCCUGGUACCUUAGGAAGUCUAUGCAACUUGAGUGGCAUCUUGCUCUCUGAUAACAGUAUAACAGGGAGAGUUGCUGAAUUCUUUGAAAAACUAUCAAGAUGCAGAACAAACAAACUUCUUCUCGUUGACUUGGAUAGCAAUCAGUUAAGUGGUCCCUUUCCGAGUCAUUUUGAGAGGCUUCAAAGAUUAACUGAUCUGGACCUUAGUUUCAAUCAACUGAGUGGUUCAGUUCCAGCAUCCUUGGGGAACUUGUCUGCAUUAGAGUCCUUAUAUCUGUAUUCAAACCACUUGGUUGGAGACAUCACAGAAGCCCACUUUGCCAAUCUUACAAGUUUACAAUACAUGGAUAUAUCUGGCAACAACUUGUCGGUUAAAGUGAGCCAAGAUUGGCUUCCUCCAUUUCAAGCAAGUGAAAUCCAAAUGGGCUCUUGCAACUUGGGACCUAGAUUUCCUACAUGGCUGCGGAACCAAACCAGCUUAUCUGACCUAGACAUAUCAAAUAAUGGAAUAUCAGAUGCUUUUCCUGAUUGGUUUUGGAGCUUGUGCUUAUCCGAAAUGUGGCUAAAUGUUUCUCACAAUCAUAUGAGAGGGAUGUUGCCGCGCUCUUUAGAAUGCUUCAAGAACGUAAGUUCUUUCGAUUUAAGUUACAACAACUUUGAAGGAUUCAUACCAAGAAUGCAACUUUGGAAUGCAUAUUUGGACUUUUCUCACAAUGCCUUUUCUGGACCAAUUCCUAAAAGCAUGUUUGGUGAGUUUAGCAUUUCCUAUUUGAUUUUGUCCAAUAACAAAUUGAAUGGCAGCAUUCCGACUUCCAUUUGUACAAUAAGAGACUUGCAAAUGGUAAACCUUGCCAAUAAUGAGUUAUCUGGAACACUCCCAGAUUGUUGGGGUAAUGCAUCAAGCCCAAUGAUUAUUGAUGUUUCCAACAACAAAUUAUCCGGUGGCAUUCCCAAAACAUUUGGGCUUUUAGCCAUACUGCAAUCAUUGCACAUGAAUAAUAAUAGUUUAUUUGGUAUAAUUCCCUCAACUUUACAACACUGCAAUGAACUUGUAGUUAUUGAUUUGAGUUGGAAUAAAUUGUUCGGAAUUAUACCCAACUGGUUUGGAAGGAGACUAUCAACAUUGCGAGUUCUUUCUCUAAGGUCAAAUAAUUUUACUGGUGCAAUUCCACAACAGCUCUCUCUAAUCCCAUCCCUCCAAGUGCUAAACCUGGCUCACAAUAAUCUCUUUGGCUCUAUGCCUUCGAGUUUUGGCAUGUUUAGUUCCAUGAUGACGAGCCAAAACAAAAAUGAAUCUACUCCAUUAUAUGAUGAUUCCUUUUAUUACAAAGAGAGUGUUAUUAUAACUAUUAAGGAUUUAGAUCUUCUAUUCACCACUUCGCUUUCAAUUGUCACCGGCAUUGACCUCUCAAACAAUAAUCUUUCAGGUGACAUUCCUAUAGAGAUCACAAACCUCCAUGGCCUUCGCUUCCUCAACUUGUCAAUGAAUCAUUUCUCAGGUAACAUACCAGAUAAGAUUGGUCUUAUGGGUCAACUAGAAUCCCUUGAUCUUUCAACAAACAACUUAUCGGGUAGAAUUCCAAUGAGCAUUUCAUCUUUGUAUUCUCUAAGCAUCUUAAAUUUAUCCUACAAUAAUCUUAUUGGGAAAAUACCAACGGGCAGUCAACUGCAAACCUUCACCAACUUGUCUUACAUCGAUAACCCUAAGCUUUGUGGGGAGCCACUCCAAAUCAGGUGCCCAAGCGACAUCCCGACCAUUGACAAUGGAGUAACAAAAGAAGAGGACAUGCAUGAAGAUGAUGAGUAUGAGAGAAUUUGGUAUUUCAUUGGCUUUGCUCCUGGAUUUGUGUUUGGCUUUUGGGGAUUUAUAGAGAAGGAGAGGAAGACAACUGAGCCACCUGGAUUCCUACAGUCAAGUUCAUCUCACCACCAAUAUCCAAACCUACAUUUGGAAAAUGUGAAGGUUCAUCUCUCCAGCUGGAUUUCUGUUGCUUCCUUCACAUUUGUACAAUGUGAAGCAAACGGGAUCCGCGCACGAGCAAUGUCGUAUAUCAACUACAGCGGAUACAAGCUUCAGCCUUACCCAUUGAAGCAUUUGUGUGAUGUUCUUAGAAUCAAGGAGUCGGAGCUGGAAGAGCUUUGCCAUGUCUGUGGCCUUGAAACCACUAUGGAUGAAGCAGGGAUGAAAACAUUGCCUGUCAAACAAACAAGCUUCAGCUUACCCAAACUCAAGACUGCCAGUGUAUGUUGA